AUGAACACUCACCAAAGCUGGAAGAACUCGUCGGCAGAUUCAUCGUCGGGGGAUGUCAUCAAGUACAAUCUGCGAUGCAAUCGAAAUAUCAGCGAAAAGAUGACGAAGAAAGAUUUCGUAUACGACAUUCGUCCGCCGAGUCAAGGAACCAGAAAGCUGGAAGAAAUAAAAUACCCCAUAGUGUUACCGUUGCAGCUUCGUAAGAAACAAAGCGCCGACUCUAAAAUACCUCGAUAUGCUGUCAUUUCGGAAAGAGACAAGUAUGCGGGUAGCGGUGACGCGAUAAACCUUUCAGAGCAACGAUACUUGAGAUUCGAGUGCAAUUUCUGUCACGAACAAAUUGCUACUUUACUGUCACUGUCGACGCACGUUAAAUUUCAUCGACGAAAAUACUGCAAGUACUGUUACUGGAUACUAAUGGACAACGAAACGAUGGAAGAGCACAUUGAAAGUGUACAUUGAGUCGAUCCAACUGUUCU